UAUUCGCUAUUAAGCUAAUGGUAUCUUUCACUUCGGUUACUAAUGUCACAACAAUCCUAAUCGAUUUCACAUUUACUAUCUAUUCUACGUCUGUGAUUUCCUUUGCGUUGCUCUCUCCCGAUCGAUUGUUAGGGUAUCGAACUUCGUGCGAUCGAUAUAAGCGUCAAUAGCAGCUCCCGGUGAAGGCUUUUGGCUGUCGUGGACACUUCUCAGAGACACAAUCAAUAGUAUUCGUGUAGAGUCGUACAUUAAUUUGGUAUAGCGAGCUUUUACUUUUACGGUGGGCGGCCAUCUUCUAAGGGAGGCUGGCGUUGCGAGCGAUUUAAAAAACAAGCUAAAUACUAUACCGUAUCGCAAUUUACCUGGGCAACCGGAUACGAUCUGAAGUUCCGGGUACCGCUAUAUCAAGAAUAUAUAAUUAUACUGCUACGAAAGUUACGUGUGAGCCCGCUAACCGCUAGUGGUAAAUCUAUGGUCCCAGCAGCUGUCUGCUCCGUGUGGCUCAGCAAAGUAAGCGGUGGAUAGGGCAUCUGCAAAAAGCCUCCCACUGCUCGGCAAUCUUUUUCACUGUUUAGGUCCGACUUGUGUUUACUCGUGGAUUCCAGCUGAUGUCGUCAGCAGCUUUGGAAAGUGGCUAGGCACUCAACGAUAUUAGUCGACCCUGUGCUGAUCGCGGCUCCACUGUCUUUCUACACAAAAUAUCUGAUUGCAAUUACCUAUGAAAAUGAAUACAUAUGAACCCACAAAAGAGAUAAAGAAAUAUGUUAUCCGAAAAUUGUUUUAAACUAUUAGGUGUAUGAAACCGUGUAAAGAACAGCUAACAUGCCGUCAUUUCUUUAUGAUACUCGCGUUUGUGCAUCUGUGUAUGUGUGUUUCUAAAGCCGCUAUGACUGCCACCUCAGGCCGCCUCGUUAAUCAAGUUCGGUACCGUAAAAGUUUGUGACGUCAAUGAUGACGGGGUCCGUAUGGGGCCUGGCGAUUUCUCUAAGUGAUAGCAAUGUACCUAGAAAAUAUUUUUUUAGGAUAGUUAUUUCGGGGACUUUCCGACCUAAGUAUGCUUCUGACUUUUGUUUGGGCCGAAUAAAUUGGGAAACGAGAAAAAUUGUUUUACUUGAAGGAUAAACUUUUUUCACAAUUUAGUAAUCAAACUCAAGAUGACGGAGGCAGCUCUAAUUCAAGGGAUCGAGUUGCACGCUCGCACUCUUGUUCCGUACAAAGAAGUUGGUAAUGUAGAAGAACAGAACACGUUUCUCGUUGGAACCCAGUCGCUUCGUAGUGAUAAUCAUAUUCAUCGACUAACCUACGAUGACGAUAAUCCUAAUUCCCUGCAAAAGAAAAGCUACCCACACCCGCUUGGUGAGAUCUGGCAUCUCGCCGCGCAACCUGAAUCGUUUCUAAUUGCCACCUGUUUCAAUCGGGUAACAGCUGGGGGUGGCAGCUGCGCAACGGGGGGCGCAAUCCACCGGCUGGACAAUGACGAGCUCGAGUUGCUCUACGAGAUUCAACCGCCCGGAGAGGUUGGCACGGAGGUUCGCCAGAUUCAAUUCCAACCUAUUAUGUCGGCUGGAGGGAAGUCGUUUGCUGCGCUGGUUGACUGUCAAGCAGUAUUCUACGACGUCGAUUCGCAAAAAAUGACGCAGUACACGAAAAUCGAAGCGAAGAAUACGCUGAAGACGUUUGCCUUCGGUUUCAACCCACCCGGCGACCUGUUGGCAUUGAACAGCGAUUCCACUCUUCGCGGUGUCGAUGUUCGCUCGAUGGUUGAAUGCUGGACGGUUCCUAACGCUCACACGAAUCAGAUACGUAGUCUCGACUUCAAUCCGAAUCGACCCAAUGUUCUAGCCACGGCUGGAGAUGAUUGCGCCGUGAAGUUUUGGGAUCUUCGCAAUCUCGAACGACCAGUGGUUAGCAUGAGGAACCAUUCGCACUGGGUGUGGAGUGUACGGUUUAACCCGUACUACGAUCAGCUGGUACUGACUGGCAGUUCCGACUCGAAGGUGUACUUGCUACGGGUUGUUAGUGUCUGCUCAGAUGAGGCCGAUCUGGAUCAGGAGCAAAAUGAAGAAAUUCGAAGCAGAAAGAGCAUUAGCAAGGGCAAGCCAAACGAUAUCCUCUUGGAGGCGUUUGAUGAUCAUGAAGACUCCAUCUAUUGUACAGAAUGGGCACCGCACGACCCCUGGAUCUUUGCGUCGAUUAGCUAUGAUGGAAGAUUGGUUAUUAAUCGAGUACCAAAAGAAGAGAAAUUUGGCAUCCUCUGCUAAUUCAAGUUGCAUAAUAUAUUAUCGUUGAUUUCAAUAUAAGGGUUCUUACCUUUCAAUAACUUGGCAAUAAAUUAUUUCGAUGUUUAUUCCCGUAUAUAUUUAGGUUG